AGCUCAGUGUACAGUCCAACAGUCCAUGAGUCAAGACGUGAAACCGGGAGCGUUUCGGAAUUCUUCCUUUCGAUUCUUCGUGUACGGUCGCUUGCUUCCAUAGCGGAUGGAGGUUUUCACCGAAUAAAAGAGUUGCAAUGUGUGUGCUUUCCAUUUGAGCGAGAAAGAGAGAAUGAUAAAUAGAGAGAGCGGGAGAGCUACAGUGAAGUGAAUCAAGAAUAAAAAGGAGAAGGCGAGCGGCUCACAGUAUACGUUCAGCAUUAAUAAGUCUGGCAACAGACUCGAAGCUCUUGAACGUAUGAUAAAGUGAAGAAAAAUAUAUAAAUAUACACGUGGAAGAAGAAGCGAAGAAGAGUGCACACGAAAUUUCAUUUAUAUAUGAUGCAGAAGAACUAAGCAAAACACACUGGAAUAACAACGUUAACGCAGUCUUCGAGGAAAAUUUGAGCUAAGGAAUUUCAAAAUCAGGAACGGACAGCAAACGGCGCAGUGAUCCUGAUUUGAGUCAAAAGCAGUGUGCGCAGCAGAGUUUUGACUUAGGCGGGAAGUCCUUUCUGUGAAAUUGUAAAUAGGCAGCACUGCAACGAAACAUGAGUAGAAAGUAGUGAAGUGGCAGAGACAACACGGAAUUUUGCUUUGCGUUUGAACAUUGUACCCAAAAAUAUGAUGAUGGAGGAAGCAAAUUUUAUGCUGACGGAAAUUCCUGGUGGAUUCAUAUCUCACCGACCGCAUGCAAUACACCGUUUCACACCGUAUCCGUUACAUCGACCGCAUCUACCACCCGCGCCGAUUUACACCCACAUUCAACAGAGGACGGUUAGUCGACCGAAAACACCUCCUACGCCACCGGAACCGGAAGGAACACACAUCGGACAUCUGUAUCCGGAAAUUCUGGCCAUCAUUUUCGAAAAACUCAGCGUGAAGGACCGUGGCAGAGCGGCGCAAGUAUGCACAGUGUGGCGCGAUGCGGCUUAUUCGAAGAGCUGCUGGAGGGGAGUGGAAGCUAGCCUUCACCUGCGGCGACCGUCACCUAGUUUAUUUCCAUCGCUAGUGAAGCGUGGCAUUAAAAAGGUGCAAGUGCUGUCGGUUAGGCGAUCGCUGAAGGAUGUUGUUGUUGGUAUACCAAAUCUAGAAUCGUUAAAUCUUAGUGGAUGUUAUAACAUUACCGAUGUCGGAUUGGGUCAUGCAUUCUCAACGGAUCUUGCGAAUUUGAGGGUGCUGGAUCUAUCACUAUGCAAACAAGUUACCGAUUCCAGCCUUGGGCGGAUUGCGCAACAUUUAAGGAACGUAGAAGUACUUGAACUGGGCGGAUGUUGCAAUAUAACCAACACUGGCUUAUUAUUGAUUGCGUGGGGGCUGAAAACGCUGAAAAAAUUGAAUCUGCGAUCGUGUUGGCACAUUUCCGAUCAAGGUAUUGGACACCUUGCCGGUUUGAGUAAGGAAACUGCAGUUGGAACACCUGCUCUGGAAUACUUGGGACUUCAAGAUUGCCAACGACUAUCCGAUGAGGCACUACGGCACAUUUCCCAGGGAUUGCCAUCAGUGAAGAGCAUCAACUUGAGCUUUUGUGUUUCCGUCUCCGACAGCGGAUUAAAGCAUCUAGCCAAAAUGACCAAAUUGGAGGAACUGAACCUUAGAUCUUGUGAUAAUAUAUCAGACAUUGGAAUGGCUUAUCUGACGGAGGGUGGCUGCUCCAUCUCUUCCUUGGAUGUUAGUUUCUGUGAUAAAAUUGGAGACCAGGCACUGACACACAUUUCUCAAGGAUUGUUCCACCUAAAAUCACUCAGUCUCAGCGCUUGCCAGAUUACGGAUGACGGAUUAGCUAAAAUAGCAAAAUCACUACACGAUCUGGAAACGCUGAACAUUGGCCAGUGUAGUCGUGUAACUGACAAAGGAUUGGAGGUUCUAGCGGAGGAGCUGAACAAUUUACGUGCCAUCGAUCUAUACGGCUGUACUCGCUUAUCGCCGGCUGGAUUCAACAAAAUCAACAAACUACCGAGACUGUCUAAAGUUAAUUUAGGAUUAUCACAAGUCAGGUGAUGCGUUAGUUUAUUAUAAAAUCAUUGUUAAAUUUUAGUUUUUCUUUAUUGAAAUUGGAACUAGACAUGCGAUAGUAUUCUCUGUUACAGGGAUUUUAGAUGUAAUUGUAGGAAGAAAUUGUCAUAAAAUCCAAGAUCUAGCAAAAGAACUAUUUGAUUUGGCAAGUAAUCAGUCUUUAUCGUGGAUACUCUUUACUGACCGUCCUACGGAGGAUUGAAGACAGCUGCUGCUAUAACUGGAUAUAAAAUAUUUGCUAUGUUAGCAGACAAAUCAAUACAUUCUGUAAAUAUUCAAGAAAUUAUAUGAAAAGACUACUAAAUAAAUCUAGGAAAUUUCAGAAAGCCAACUGGAAUCUUCCUGAUGUGAAACAACAUA